AUGUCUUCAAGCUCAAAGCGAGUCCUCUUGACCGGUGCCAACGGUUACUUGGCACAGCACAUCCUAUCACAACUGCUCUCGGCCGGACACUCGGUUCGGGGCGUGGUCCGCAACUCGUCCAAGGUAUCGCAGCUUCGUUCCUCGCCCAGCUUUUCUUCGUACCCAGCAUCACAGCUCGACUUUGCCGUAGUAGCCGACAUUACGGCAACGGGGGCCUUUGAUACGGCGCUGCGGUCGGAUCGGCCCUUUGACUGGGUCAUCCACACGGCCUCGCCGUUCAACUACCGCAGGGCAGCCGAGGCGACCGGUUCAUCCAAUGCCGACAACUUCCUCGAUCCGGCCGUCAAGGGCACGACAGAAAUACUAUCGGGGGUACAUCGCAUCGCGCCAACAGUCUGCCGUGUGGUCCUGACCUCGUCCACCGCCGCCGUCUUCAACUGGGAAAAGGGCAAUCCGCUCGUGACGCAGCCGGCCCGCGUCUACUCGGGCCGGGACUGGAACCCCAUUGCACAAGAAGAAGGUCUGACAACCACCAACGCCGUGCGGGCCUAUCAGGCCUCCAAGACGUUUGCCGAAAAGGCGGCGUGGGAGUUUAUCACGACCGCCAAGCCGGGGUUCGACCUGGUGGUCCUCAACCCGCCCAUGAUCUACGGGCCACUGCUCGACGCCGCCCAGUUGUCGAGGGGCCCGCAGGAUCUCAACCAGUCCACAUGGAACAUCUACUCCCAGCUCCUAGAUCCCAGCCUCAAGAGCACAGACCCGGUUCCACCUACCAAUUCGCAUCUAUAUGUCGACGUCCGCGAUGCCGCGCGUGCGCAUCUGCUCGCGGCGAGCACUCCCGAGGCCGGCGGCAAGCGCUUCGUGAUUUGUGCCGGAGAGAUGAGCAUGCAAAGAAUUGCCAAUAUUCUUCGUGAGACUUUAUCGGAGAAGAAGGAUACUAUACCCAAGGGAACCCCAGACGACUGGAAAAUGGAAGAAGGGAGGUUCAUGGCCAGCAGCGCUGAUGCCGAAAAUAUUCUAGGCCUCGAGUUCAGGAGCCCCGAGUCCACCAUUGAAGAUAUGGGAAGGCAGAUGGUUGCACUAGAGAAGAAGGCUGUUCAUUAA